AUGACGAACAACUACACCGUCGGUUCCUUGCUCUGUUCGGCAGAGAAUUUGGUAUCUCCCGAUAUCUUCGGUACCCAGGUUCUCAAUAUCAGCGCAUCCAUGGUUACCAAUUUCACGACCAGUGUUCCGGGGGAUUUCAACUUCCAUCAUGGCCCAGCCGAAGUUGAAGACGUGGAUUUCUGCAACAUCACCGUCUCCUACACGCAUCCCGGCCAAGAUGACAUGGUCACUGUCGAGGCUUGGCUUCCUAUCAAUUGGAACGGCCGACUGCAGGCCGUUGGGGGCGGUGGAUUGGUCGCUGGACGUUAUGCGCUCUCCGAUGCUCAAAUGUCCGGCGCUGUGGGCGAGGGGUACGCAACUACCACAACUGACGCUGGACAGCAGGGAAAGCUUGCCACCGAAUGGGGCUCCCUAAGCCCAGGCAAUGUCAACCUCUACCUGUUCCAGAACAUGAUGACAACCUCUCUUAACGAACAAGCCAUAAUUGGCAAGAGCCUCGUCAACAGCUUUUACGGCCGGAAGCCAGAGUUCUCCUACUUUAGUGGCUGCUCGCAAGGUGGUCGCCAGGGUCUCAUGCUUGCCCAACGCUAUCCUGAUGCAUAUGACGGCAUUGCUUCCUCGGCCCCAGCUAUCAACUGGAAUCAGUUCAUCAACGGCAUUUUCUGGCCACAGCUUAUCAUGAACAUGAUGGGCGAAUACCCAGCACCCUGCGAGUUGCAAGAGAUUGCUAUGGCAGCUACAGCCGCAUGCGAUGGACAAGACGGCGUCCUUGACGGCAUAGUAUCUGAUGUCGGCUCGUGCAAGUUUGACCCCUUCCACCUCGUAGGCACCACCUUCGACUGUGCUGGCACACAGAUGAAGAUAUCCGAGGCCGCGGCUGUCGUAUCUAACGCAACCUGGGCGGGUCCCAAAUCCGUUGAGGGUAACUUUCUGUGGUACGGUAUAGCGCCCGGAGCAAAUAUCACCGCCAUUGAUGGCGUUGGACAGGGACCCGCCAUCACCACGUGUCUGGGUAAUGGUACUUGUACUGGAGUCCCAUUCUCUGUCUACACGGAUUGGGCCUCCGUUUUUGUCGAGCGCAACCUCAGUAUGAGUUUCACCACCCUUACGCAUGAUGAUUAUGACCGUAUCUUCAAGUCGUCGCUCCUUCAAUACUCUCAUAUCAACGGAGACGACACCAACCUGGCACCGUUCUUCCAACGAGGCGGUAAGAUCCUGGGGUACCACGGCACGCUUGACGCCCUCAUCCCUCUUCAGGGCACUUUGCAGUACUACGACUCUGUCUCGGCCGUCGUUCCUGAUAUUCACGAUCAUUACCGAAUGUUCGAAGCGCCCGGUGUCGGCCACUGUUAUGGAGGACACGGAGGACAGCCUCAAACCACCUUCGAUGCCCUACGAGCGUGGGUAGAGAACGGGACUGUACCGGACACCCUGCCGGUCAGCUAUACUGACAAGAACGGAACGUUGAACAGCAGGUUCCUCUGCCCCUACCCUAAAAAGGUCCGGUAUAAUGGUCGGGGUAACACUGCACUUGAGACUAGCUAUACUUGUGAGGUCUAA